AUUCAUUUGGGAAGUGGGAGAACGAGAAGAGGCCUGUGAGGAACACUGACGGCAACAGAAAAUAGCACGAAGGCAGACUUGUUUGGGAGAUGAAAUCCAGGACGGGACAGAAGAAGCAAAACUUCAUUUAAUGCAGCAAAAUUACAAUUAUUCUGGAGAAACGCUAGGAAGCGGCCAAAUAUUCUCGAUAGACGAUGGUGACAGAUCAUCUGGAAUAGGAACUAUGGAAAUUCAUAGAGCGAACCAAGGACCUGGGCACUGAUCCCUGUUUUAUUCUGGAUCCCUAUAGGAUUUGUGGUAUAUUCUGAACCCUGCGAUCCUCGACCACCGACGGAGAACCUAUAACACGCCGCCUACUUCAUAUUUACCUGUCAUCCAACCUCACGAAACGGCCGAGGCAAAUCAAGAAAUUUCAGACAAUAUUGGUUUAAGAAUCAUGGAGCACACUUUCAUGAGUCGUCACUGACAGAAGAUAUGAAGAUGGUAUCUCGUCUUGUCUCCCUCGGUCUUCUCAUUGGGCUCUGCCUGGCCGAACCAGAUGCUCAUUUUGAUCCAUCUACUUGCCGGUAUGCCUUGGGGAUGCAGGACAGGACCAUCCCUGAUGAGGACAUCACAGCCUCCAGUGCAUGGUCGGACUCUACUGAAGCCAAACACAGCAGACUAGAAAGCAGCGACGGUGAUGGCGCCUGGUGCCCAUCUGGACCUGUCUACCCUAAUAAUGAAGAAUAUCUUCAGGUGGACCUGAGGAAGCUGUAUUUUCUGACCCUUGUUGGCACACAGGGUCGAGACAGUGGAGGACUGGGCAAAGAAUUUGCCCGGUAUUACCAGCUACGCUACAGUAGAGAUGGAUACAAAUGGGCUCAGUGGAGGGAUCGAUGGGGAAAUGAGGUGAUAGUUGGAAAUGAGAAUACACACGACCUCGUAUUGAAGGACCUUGGACCCCCAAUGAUUGCCCGUUAUGUCCGUUUCUACCCCAUGGCUGACCGUGUCAUGAGCGUGUGUUUGAGAGUGGAACUAUACGGAUGCGGAUGGCAAGAUGGACUCCGCUCUUACACCUCUCCACCUGGAGACAUCAUGAACCUCGGUUCUGGGAUGGUUAAUUUAAACGACUCUACAUACGACGGAUUUACAGUUGGAGGGCUUCAUUAUGGAGGACUGGGCCAGCUGACCGAUGGUGUUAUUGGGGCUGAUGAUUUCCUCCAGCACAAGGAGCAGGGUGUGUGGCCCGGGUAUGAUUACGUUGGUUGGAAUGAGGCAAAUUUCCCGUCUGGAUACCUGGAAAUGGAAUUUGAGUUUGAUGCGCUGAGAUCGUUCACCUAUAUGAGGGUACACGCCAAUAACAUGCACUCCAAAGGGGUCCAAGUGUUUCGCCGUGUGGAAUGUUACUUUAAACGCGCCUUGCACACUCCGUGGGACCCUACCCCGCUCACCCUCUCUCUGGCGAUGGAUGUCCGCGACCCCAGCGCCCGGACCGUCACUAUGUCCCUGUCUGGCAGGCCGGCGAGAAUCCUGCGCUGUCAUUAUUACUUCUCCAGUCCGUGGCUGCUUUUCAGUGAAAUCUCCUUCCUCUCCGACGUUCAGGACUCAUCAGAACCAGAGGAGCCGAUCCCACUGCCCUCGCCCAAGGAAGCCACCCUGCAACCUCCUACUACGGAGUUACCACAGGGCACCAGCCAAGAAACAGCUUUCACCACCAUAGACAGCUCCAGUGAAAGUGUUCACGAGGCCUUCAGCGUUAACCGGAUAAACCAGCCAAUCGUCAAGGACGAGAGCAGCAAUACCGCCAUUCUGAUUGGUUGCCUGGUGGUCAUAAUCCUGCUCCUGUUGGUUGUCAUUAUCCUUAUCCUGUGGAGGCAGCGCUGGAGGAGACUCCUGGGAAAGGCUCAGCACCGCCCGUCAGACAGCGACCUCACCGCCCGCCUGUCCCUCCCGUCUGACACCGUGGUCAUCAACAACACUCAGAACCUUUCACUGGCAUCUAGACAUGGCAGCCGCUAUGAGCGCAUCAUAACUUCAGAGGGGGAGUAUCAAGAGCCAAACCACAACCCGCUGGCCAAGAUGGCCACCUUACGUCCAAUCUCUGAUGCAGCUCUGCUGUUAAACAACCCAGCCUAUGAGCUCCUGCUAUCCACCUACAGCCGGCCAAUCACAGAGCCUGGUGGCGCGCAGGCUAAGCCAAUCAACAGCCAGGAGGGUGGCUACCGAGAACUUGAGUCACCUAAACUGCCGAUGGUGUGCCCUUCAAGUGUCCCUCACUAUGCCGAAGCCGAUAUUGUUACCCUGCAGGGGGUGACAGGGGGUAAUACCUAUGCUGUGCCUGCCCUGACCGCUGACACUCUCACCUCCAAGGAGCUACCCCUCAGCAAAUUCCCCCGUGGGCAUCUUCUGUUCCGGGAGAAGCUGGGGGAAGGGCAGUUUGGGGAGGUUCACCUGUGCGAGGUUGUGAAUCCUCACGAGCUGCCAGUUCUUCAGUUCCCAUUUAAUAUGCGCAAAGGGCGAAGUCUCCUUGUGGCGGUCAAAUUGCUACGGGCUGAUGCAAAUAAAAAUGCCAGGAACGAUUUCUUGAAGGAACUAAAGAUCUUGUCCCGUCUGAGCGACUCUCACAUCAUCCGCUUGUUAGGAGCCUGUCUGGAUGAGGAUCCCCUGUGUAUGAUCACUGAGUAUAUGGAGAAUGGAGACCUCAACCAGUUUCUAAGUUCCCAUGAGUUGGCCGAGGAGGACGAGCGCAUGGAGGACGGACACAACCCUCCCUGUAUCAGUUAUCCCAGCCUCCUCCAUGUGGCCUUGCAGAUUUGCUCCGGCAUGAAAUAUCUCUCAUCUCUUAACUUUGUGCAUCGGGACCUCGCUUCUCGAAACUGCCUGGUGGGCGAAAACCUCACCAUUAAGAUAGCCGACUUUGGGAUGAGCCGCAACUUGUACUCCGGAGAUUACUACCGCAUACAGGGCCGGGCAGUACUGCCGAUCCGGUGGAUGGCCUGGGAGUGUAUACUCAUGGGUAAAUUCACCACCGCCAGUGACGUCUGGGCCUUCGGAGUGACAUUAUGGGAGAUUUUUAUGUUGUGCAAGGAGCAGCCGUACGGCGAACUGAAUGAUGAAGACGUGAUUGAGAACACUGGAGAGGUUUUCAGGGACAGUAAGAAACAGAUCUACCUCUCCCGGCCACCGCCCUGUCCUCAGUCCCUCUACGAGUUAAUGCUGCAGUGCUGGGCCAGAGACUGCAGGGAGCGGCCAUCGUUCCAGGAUAUCCACGCUUUGCUCACCUCUCACGCCCUCUGCUGUCCUAGUGUGGAAGUGAAGGAGUAACCUGAGCACUAUUCAGAACACUUUAUACCACCUGCAUCAUCAUUUUAACCCCAUAGCGUCAUCUCUGUGCUCCUUCAGCCGGCAAUCUUAAUGGCCUAUAAGAUGUUGGAGACGUCUUGUGUUCAUCCUCACCAGCCUUCAUCUCAUAGUUGUCUCUCCCAGUCAUACACUGGACGCCCCCGUCAUAGGGUAGACAUGACAUCUACUUGUGCACACAAUGUGAAAUGCCUGAUUGUAAUCCGAACACUCAGUAACACUGGAUUUAUCACGACGAUCACCAUGAUACGAUAUGGCGGCCAUCUAAAUAUUUUAUCUGAUGACAUCUUCCUUCCCUCAAUAUAUCCAUGCACCGCUAUCCCUGAUAAAGUAAAAAAAGUGUACAUGGAUCAUGGACCACAGAUUUUAUGGCGUGACCCCUUAAAGGAAUUGUCCAUUUUACAGGAGUUCUAAUAGGACAUAUGGAGGGGGCCUCCAACUUGAUACCCCCUUUCCUUAGAGUUGACUUGGAAAGGGCUUCAUCAUCAAAGGGGCUAUCUAACAGGAAGGAAGUUG